GCUGUUUAUGACUGUAAUUACCCACACAGUUUAGAGUACUGAACUCUGAAACAUAAUUGCUGGAAGGUCAUGUUUUCAAUAUACAAUGUAGACCUAGUGCACCGUAAUGUUUGUGACUGACAUAAAACAAAUCGUGACUGUGUUUUGUAAGGACUGUUCUUUGGAAGGAUUUGAGGUUUAAAACCAGGCUGCAAAACUGAAUCUUUGAGAUGUCAGGAAAAUUCGACAUGAGGGAGGACUACGUAAACACAUUUUUUAGCGGACUGAAAAGAUUGUGGAUUAAUGGCGACCACACCGACGUCACAAUACAAGUUCAGAAAGAGACAUUCCAUUGCCAUAAGACGGUCUUGGCUACUAUGUCUUCAUAUUUUGAUUCAAUGUUUGGCUCUGGGAUGCGGGAAUGUGUAACUGGGACCGUUAACAUUGAAGACAUGAAUCCAUCUGCUUUCAAGAAGGCUCUGGAUUUUAUCUAUACUGGAGAAAUAGACCUGGACGUGGAGUCUGCAAUCACUCUAUUGCAUACAUCAGCUUUUCUUCAGAUAAAAUCGCUGCAAAAGCUUUGCGAGACCUACCUUAAGCCGCAUGUAAAUGUUGAGAAUUGCAUUCAUUUGUGGAAAGUUUCAGUACUUCACAAUUGCCAUACUAUCAGAGCUACAGCUUUCCGUAAAAUUCUUGACGCCUUUUCAGAAAUCUCCAAGUCGGAAGAAUUUUACCGAUUAGAUGAAAAAGAGAUUCUGGAAAUCAUAAGCCAAGAGAAUUUGAAUAUAUCUUCUGAAGAGGACCUUUGUGCUAUUAUUUUUGAUUGGUUGACCCAGAAUAAUAACAAGGGUAAUAUUGUGAAACUCUUGCAAGAAGUGAGAUUAGCAUUUGUGAGGCCUGAAUUUCUUGUCAAAAUAGAACUAAAGCCAGAAAUCAAAGAAAACCCAGAGUGUUUAGAAAUUAUCAACUACGUAAAGUACUAUCAUCUCCUUCCGGCGAGACAACACGAAAUGGCAAACAAAGCAAUGCGCCUGCGUGCAACGUCACGACAAGAAAACGUCAUAGUCGUCUUGGGAGGAUGUGAGGCAACGAAACCGCCAUAUACGAGAACAACGUCCACGUACUGCUACAGUUUCCACCAGCAAACGUGGUUUAAAUUAGCUCCCCUUCCUUACGAUCCAGGAAUUGAGUUUGCUGCAGUUACGUAUCAUAAUGAUAUUUACAUCACAGGUGGAGGAAUGAAACAAAACAGCUUCCUGUGGUAUAAUGUCACUCAGAACGUGUGGUCGGAGUUACCGUCCUUGAUAAACGGCCGUCGUAGACAUGCCAGUGUUGCUGUAACCGACGCGAUUUACGUUUUAGGGGGAUAUGAUAGCGAUGGAGGGGCGGGAAAUCAAAUGCUUAAGAGUGUGGAAAAGUUCAUUAUUUCAGAACGCCGCUGGGAACAAGAUGGAGAGCUUGUCCUCGCUUUGAGCUGUUUUGCUGCCAUUGUCCGAAAUGAUAAAAUAUACACAUUUGGUGGUGAGGAAAAUACCAGAACAGAUACCUCCGCCAUUCAGUGCUACGAUAUGAAAACAAAAACAAGCGUUCUCUUGACCGUUAAAAUUCCGAUGGCUUGUAAGUUGACAAGAUCUUGUGUUUUCAAUGAUCGAAUGAUUCUCAUCAUUUACGAUGGGCGUAUCAUCGAAUAUUUUGAGGAAACGGAAACUUCCAAGGCUUCCUGCAAAUUUGUUACACGUUUCGAUCAUUUUCAGAGAACUCAUUUUGGAGUUGUUGAACACAAUGGGAAUGUUGUGAUCGUAGGAGGUGUGAUCGAGAAUAAAAAACCUUGUAAAGAUUUCUUGCAGUUCGACUCGAACUCGAUGAAAUGUUCAGUAUUAGACGACGUCUUAUUCACUCCCCGAUUGGUCGAUGGUUGUGUAAAAAUUAACAUAGCUAAGGAUCAUUUAGUGCCAUUGAAUGUUGAUUCUUCCUGCUAGAUUUUACAAGUGAUUACAAUGUAAUUCGAUUGAUCAUUUUUAUGCUUAAUGGUAUUUGCAAUUAAUCUGUUCUGUUAUCAAAACUCAUUAAAAUCGAAUUUUACUGAUAAAAGUCGCUACAGUGGGAUUGUUAAGUAUUCCUAUGGAUAAAGACAGUGAAAUUUCAAAUUACUUAUUAAAAACAUCCAAAAACAGUAAAGGUGAUGUUCUUUUCUUUGAAACUUGAAUUUGAAAUGAUAAAAAAGAAACUUUGCAGAUGUUGUUUUACCAAAUUGUUAAACUUCCUGAUGUACAGCUGUUUGCAUGCGCAGUUUCUUCAACGACGCAUUCCAUGAUGUCGUUUUGAAUUAAAAGUUUUAAAAUAAAAUUUUAUACAAUGAG